AAUACCAAAACGAUACCAAUUCGCAGUUCGCAGAGGCACAGCUUUCCGUUCUCGACUUGCUGAAUAAGUUUUCUCUCAACUUGCUCCUUGAAGAAGAAAAAUGGAAUCUUCGAAGACAAUAGCCCAUGAAAUCGGAGGGAUCCAGAACGAUGCGCUUCGAUUUGGGCUCCAAGGCGUUAAGAGCGACCUCGUCGGGUCUCAUCCUGUCGAAUCCCUCUACGAAAGUACGAGGAGAACAGAAGAGGAGAUGAAAAGGAAAAUUCUUGUGAAUACAUAUGGAUCUGCUUUUCCACUGAAGAUGGAUUUGGACAGGCAAAUUCUUUCUCGAUUUCAAAGGCCUCCAGGACCUAUUCCAUCUUCAAUGCUGGGUUUGGAGGCUCUUACUGGAAGCUUGGAUGACUUUGGCUUUGAAGAUUAUCUAAAUGACCCAAGAGAAUCUGAAUCUUUGAGGCCAUUGGACAUGCACCAUGGAAUGGAAGUCCGCCUUGGUCUUUCCAAAGGACCUGUUUGCCCAAGUUUCAUGUAAUCAAAUGGCUGCUACAUCCAGAAAGCAGUCCAUCAGACAGGCAUAUCAUUGCCUUAGUUUACCCCUCAUUUUACUGGCACCUCUGUUUGUUUUUGUUGGUCAGGACAUGUUUUCUUAUGAGUUGAACUCCCAACUUUUUAUCUGAUUUCUUAUAAAAAUAGUGAACUAUAGCUUUCUGUGA